AUGACUUCCAUAGUUUUUGACAAAAUAGGAAGAGGGUGUGAUUACAACUUACAAGUCACUCAUUUGGUGGUUAUGAGAGGGACAUUGUUGUCCUGUCAUCUACUACUUGCUUUGAACUAUUAUACUUUAAGAAGAAUUUUAGUGAUCUGCUAUCCAAUUGUAUUAAACUUUUCAUCCAAAAUUACCUUACCUUGCCAUUGUCUCAAAUAGCAGCUUCAUGUGAAGCGUAACUUGGGGAUGCAUGUCCAGCAACCCAUCCAUCACACUUGAAACUCCUUUUAACUGAAAAUUUAAUAACAAACUGUUUUCUUUAAUUGAUUUGUCUGUUGCUUUUAUUUCAUCAAAUUUUACAUGCUUCAAACAGUACUAAAUAAUUUGUGUAGGUUGCUUUUCCUGUCUUGGAGGAUUUGGAACUCUCGGAUGGAAACAUCUUUUUUGAAGAUAUUUGGUAUGGGCGUGUCCCAGCAGGCUCAUUUAGCAAAGUAAGAGAGCUGAAGCUUAAGUGCUGCAUGUUAGUGAACAUUCCUACCCUGCUGCUACAGAGGUUUAAAGUUGUUGAAGAACUCAGUGUGGAAUAUUGUGAUUCAUUACAAGUUGUCUUCAACCUUGAAGGACUUGAAGACAUCAAAAGAGGAGCAGCAGUGUUUUCUCAAAUAACAAAGUUGGACCCCUACCACAACCUAACAUCUUUAACAGUUUAUUAUUGCAACAGCCUGAAAUAUUUAUUCUCACUCUCAAUCGCAAGAAAUCUCACAAAUAUUGAAGAACUGAGUGUUGGUUGUUGAUUGAAGAAAUAAUUAAAAAUGAAGAUCAAGGUGAAGAGGAUGGUGCCAUGGAUGAAAUUGUGUUUCCCAAGUUACAGUCUAUGGAGCUUUGCGAUCUACCAAACUUCACAAGUUUUUGUUGGGCACAAAAUGCUUUUAAAUUGCCAUCCCUACGGAAUGUUAUGCUGAGAUAUUGUCUCAAAAUGCGGACAUUCACAUUUGGACAGAUAAGUACACCGGUGAUAAAAUUAGAUGACAACUAUGAAGACGAAGAAGUGAAUGACCUCAAUAACUAUGUGCAACAGCGUGUUCAAGGAAGGAAGGGGAUUACGAUGUAUAAGGAUGAUGAAGAAACAAGUGUUGGCAAAGAAAAAGAGUCUGGAAACCAUGAUGAAGAAGAUAUUUUGCUAAAUGAGUAAAUUAAGGUAAUUCUAUCUUUUAAUUUUUAUCUUUCUGCAUCUCACAGGUUUGGGAAGGGGGAAUCUCAUGUGAUGGUAUUUUUUAAAUUUCAAAUUGAUUGGUAAUUAAACUUUGCAUUUCCCAAAUUUAGUUGGCCAAACCGUGAAGGAUGUGAAUUCUUCAAUCUAAAUUAUUUGGAUAAUGUUUAGA